UCAGGCAUUUGCCCGAGGGGCCGCUCUGUAUUUUGUAAAGUGGGCCGCUCCUGAUCUAUAAUCUUUAUUACAAACUGCCUGUGGGCUCUAGGACCGCUCCUCCGUCCUAGCUUCCACUGUGGCUCCGCCCCUUCCACUCGUCUCUGUUUUCAUGCUGUGCUGUGUGCAGACCCGCCUGCCAUCAGGGGGGCACAAGGAGCAGGGCCGGGACUGGCAAUCUGUGGGUUCUGGCAAAUGCCAGAGGGGCUGCUGUAUGGUUCCAUAGAAAGUUACCAUAUAGUGGGCUGGUAGGGGGCUGUACUUGGAAUGGCAGGGCCUAUUUUGACUCCCAGUCCAGGCCUGACAAGGAGGAUAGUCUCGGGCCAGGCAGGAUUUAGUCUUAAAGGAGGGCGUGCUGUGCUGCUCUUUCAGGAUUAACCGGCCCCCCUUACGGAGCGCAGACAUCACUGAUGCCGAAGACUGAAGUACAAAAGGAACUGAUGUGGCUCGGGGCAGUAGAUGCAAGCACUUCGGGAUGUGGCUUGACAUGAUUGAGAAGAGGGUUCCGUCUUAACCAAGGCUCGCAAUUAAAAUCCAUCCCUAUGCUGAUACCUAGCAACAGUGAGCAUUGGCCCUGGAAAACCUGUGGGUUUUAAAGACCCCAUUGCCUGAGUGGAUUAACUCGGCAUCCAGUUACUGCAGACUCUCCUAGUCCAUCCUCAGCAUGGCUAGCAAAAGAAAAUCAACCACACCGUGCAUGGUGCGAGCUUCUGAAAUUAUCGACCAGGAGGACAACGAUCUCGAUAUUGUUGGAGAAAACGCUGGGCCAGACACAAAGGAUGACUGGUCAGCUGACCAAGAAAAACCUGUGAAGGACAAAGAAAUAGAAAAUGAUAAACCUCCGGCUGAAAAUCAGUCCAAAAAACUUCAAGGAGGUUAUGAGUGUAAAUACUGCCCCUAUGUCACCCAAAAUCUGAACGAAUUUACCGAACACGUUGAUAUGCAGCACCCCAACGUAAUUCUCAACCCGCUUUACGUCUGCGCCGAAUGUAACUUCACAACCAAAAAAUACGACUCCCUGUCCGAUCACAACUCGAAGUUUCAUCCCGGUGAAAAUAACUUCAAAUUAAAGCUGAUGAAACGCAAUAAUCAAACCAUCCUAGAGCAGUCGAUUGAGGGAAGCGUCGACAUCAGCAGCGCCCACGACAGCUUUGAUGACGACAACGCGUCUGGGAUAUCCAUGAGCAAAAUGCCAAUCAUGAAGUUCGGAAAACCAAGGAUGGAGAGUAAGAAAGCAUCACGGAAGGAAGAAGCGUUUCAUGAUAACUUUUAUGACGGGAGCAACGUUACAGAAACAAAUGGUAUUUCCCAUGACCUGCGUGGGGAUAUUUUAACUCACGUUUCCCCUUUUGUUCAGCUUCCGCCCAAUAUUAACCUUCUUCCAAAGGUCCCAGUGCCUCUAAACAGCAGCAAAUACAAUUCUGCCCUUGACACAAAUGCAACCCUAAUCAACUCGUUCAAUAAAUUUCCUUACCCAACCCAAGCAGAGUUGUCUUGUUUGACGGCUGUGUCCAAAAACCCAGAGGAACAGAUUCGAAUAUGGUUUGCUACUCAGCGGUUAAAACAUGGCAUAAGCUGGUCUCCAGAAGAAGUGGAAGAGGCAAGGACAAAAAUGUUCAAUGGCACGAUACAGUCUGUCCCACAAACAAUUACUGUUUUACCAGCCUCCAUAACCGGUUCAACGAAAGUUUCUCAGCCUGUUAUCCAGACGGCUUUGCCAUGUCAGAUAAUUGGUCAAACUGGGCUAGUCUUUACUCAGGUGGCUAAUUCACACGCUGUGACAGUCCCUCAGUUUUCAGCUAAUACUGGUGCUAUUUCUAAUCAAACCCCGAAACGCCAGACACAACCGCAGAUACAAGACACGCCAGAACCCAAACGGCAAAUAAUUACACACACGCCACCAGCAAUUCAACCCAAGUUGACCGUCACACCACCAAACGAACGUAAAAAGACAAAGGAGCAGAUUGGGUUGCUGAAAGCCAGUUUUGUCCGAAGUCAGUUUCCCGACGACACUGAAAUCUAUAGGCUCAUUGACCUUACUGGGCUGUCCAGAAGUGAGAUUAAAAAGUGGUUCAGUGAUCAUAGAUACAGGAGCCAGAGAGGCAUUGUUCAUAUCACUAGUGAAUCCAUAGCUAGAGACAGGGUAACAUCUAGGUCUACACGGGGUUACCACCCAUACAGAGAGAUUGCUUCUCAGAAGGUCACGGAGACGACGGAAGAGCAGCUUGCUUGUCUUGAAAGCGGUUUCCUUAAAAGUUCGUAUCCGACUCAAACUGAAAUGGAUCAUUUAAAAGCGGAGACUAAAAUGACUAGAAAAGAAAUAGACUUGUGGUUUUCAGAAAGGAGAAAAAUCAGGGAUUCCAUGGAGCAAGCAGUGUUGGAUUCUAUGGGCUCAGACCAAAAUGAUAUCAUACCGGUGAAUGGGGCUUCUCCUGAAAGGGGAAAUUUAUCUGGUUCUUGGCCGCAAACCACAGCACCAUGCAAGUCUAAGCAGGAGCAACUCCAUUUAUUAAAAAGUACGUUUGCAAGAACCCAGUGGCCGUCCCCGCCAGAAUACGACCAAUUGGCAUUACAGACUGGUCUUGUUCGGACUGAAAUAGUCAAGUGGUUUAAGGACAAUAGGUGUGUUCUUAAAACGGGGAGCCUAAGGUGGAUGGAACAAUACAGGAAACAUUACGAGCGCUCUCUGGACGAGAGAAGAAAAUACAUCAAGAUGAUUUCAGCCACUAAGGUAGGAAAAGACAUUCUCACAAGGUAUUUCCAAGAGUACAACCAGUUACACGAAGAGGACAUUGAGCUCUUGAGUUCAAGGUCGCAGAUAAGUCCUGACGACCUAAGAGUGUACUUUGUGGAAUGGCAGCAACAAGCCGCACUGGAUCAAAUGGAGAACAGUAGCCAAGAUGAUGACGCCAUGACAGAAAAUGAAUUCACAGGCAAAGACUGGGCCAGUGGACCUCUGGCAGAUGAGGAGGCUAUUUCUGAUGGUGCAGACAGCUGGGGACAAGCAGCAACUGACACUCCAGAAGAUACGCCUAAUUAAGAUUGAUGUUUAGCGGGUCCGAUCCAGUGUCCGGACGGUCUUAGUCUUUGAAGAGAAUAUAGAAAUCUAUUUUCCUACAAGAACUGAUAAUGAAAUCAAGAAUAUUGGUGAAAUCCUGGCACAGAACUCCUGGACUACAAUUAAGUUCUUUUUGCCAAAGAACUAGAAGACCAUUGUACAUUUUUUUUGUGCUUAAAUUGGAAUCAUUUUGAAACCAUUGAAAAAAAAAAACAAGUUGGGUGCCCCUUUUUAUUUGACAGAAAAUACAUUUGCUUUUUUUUUUUUUUUUAAAUUCCCGGAAUUGUUUAGAAAUAGUAACCACUAACUUGUAUUAUCGCCCUCUGCCUGUAUAUACAGUAUAUAUAUUUUUACUCCUUUGUGGUACAUCCAUGCAAUUGUGGGACCACUGCCUCGGAAUGGUUGGUGUAAAUCCAAGAAUUUAACUUUCAUACAAGAGAAAAACUCCAGUUGUGACUGCAGUUUAGUAGAGCAAGAGACCCCGCCCCCUUUUUCGGCAAGCGCCUCUGCUGUGUUCAGAGGAUUAUUGAUUUUAUUCUGCUUGGCUGCAAAUUUGACGGACCUCAACAAAAAGGGCUUCCUGGUGGCUUGAGAAAUUUUGGAACAUUUUCAUAUAAUUAAGUGAAAUAAUGAGGAAGGUUGCUUAGGAAAUGUGCAUUUUAAUU